AUGGGGCGUGUCACCUUCCUCCUCGCCUUGUGCGCCGCACCUAUCGUACAAGGUUUCCGCCAGCUUGGUCCUGUCGUCCAGCCUCCCCAUAAAACGGGGCGAAGUGUCAACUCCCAUCGGACAGCAAGCCAUGGGGUUACGCUCUCGGGCAGAGUGACGAAAAACUCCCAUGCUUUGGAGGCAUUUCGGGCGUCCAAAGCGGAUAGCAAUAACCAGACCGGUGUCCUGUCGAGCGCAGGUGGAGGAUCCCGCUAUUACGCACCCAUUAACGUUGGUGGACAAGAUUUCGAGGUUCUUGUCGACACUGGCAGCUCCGAUACCUGGCUCGUGCAGGUCGGCUUCAGCUGCUUCACCAUCGACGGCGCGCCCGCGUCUGCCAAUGAAUGCGGAUUUGGCACUGCGGGGUUCGAUCCUUCGCAAUCCUCGACGUUCACGUCCCUCCCGGGCAAGAACAUCAACGUCACGUACGGAGACGGCACUUUUGCGGCUGGCCCUGUCGGAACCGAUACCAUCACUGUUGGCGGGUUAACGGUCACCGCGCAAGAGUUCGGCGUGCCGAACGUGACGGCAUGGGACGGCCUGGGUGUUGAGGGUGGCCUUCUGGGUCUUGCGUACCCGGCGCUGACGAGCGUGUUUAAUGGUACGAAUUCGACACAGGACUCGUUCGCGAAUCAGGCGCCCUACAACCCGUUUUUCUUCACGGCCAUCCAGGAAGGCAAGGUCAAUGCCUCUGUGUUCUCCGUCUCGCUUGACCGCGGGACGUUCGCGGAGCAGUCAAGCCCCGAUGAAAAACCGAACAGGGGCUUCCUCGCGUUCGGUGGUGCUGCUCCUGUCGCCGUCACCAACGCGAGUGCGAGCGCACCCGUGCUACUCGCGACAAACUCUGCGGGUAACACAACGGAGGCCUUCUACGCAGUGAACGUGGACGCAUACGUCUUCCCCGGCUCGACCAAGCUUUCGACGAAGGGUUUCGCUAUCCUGGAUACAGGCACCUCGCUCACGUACGUGCCUACACCGGUCGCGCAAGCGUUGACGAAGCAGUUCAAGCCACGCGGGUUCCUCGACGAGGGUUCUGGUCUGUUCAUCGUCGGUUGCAACGCGACCGCACCUGCUUUCGCGGUGCAAAUUGGCGGUGUGCAGUUCAGCGUGGACGCGAAGGACCUCGUUUUGCUCGGCGGGACGGACGAAAACGGUAGUGAUGUAUGCAUCAGCGGAGUGCAGGACGGCGGGCCAGACAAUGGCGAAGACAUCUUCAUAUUAGGUGAUACGUUCCUGCACAAUGUGGUCGUGUCGUUUGACGUCAGCGACAAUGUGGUGCAUGUGUCUGAGCGACAGCCGUAUUGA